UGCCGGGCUGUAUAUAAUCGGUAAUGUGUCAUAGGUCAAACAUAAGAGAUAACAUUUCACAGUUCUCGAUGUGCAGUCAGAGACGCGUUCUCAAACGAAACACGGGACUUACCACCAUUCUGUGUCAAUCGUGUUGUCAAAUCCAAACUGGCGACGCGUGAUCGCCUAAGUUUGUAUCGUCGACAAAAAUAUCAAGAAAAUAUCCAAAGAGAAGAAAUCAAUCGAACGAAUGAAACAAGAUAUUCUUGCAUCUAAUUCGAGAUCACACAUAUCGACGGUCAAAGAUGGCACCAAGUAAUAAAGUACAGAUUAAUUCGGAUCCAGUGCAAUUUGAAUCAAUCACGAAACUAUCGAAUCUGCCAAUCGUCGAAAGUGGCAUACACAUCGCUGGACAUGUUUACAAAAGGAUAAAGAGUGCGAAUGUUUUGAUGAAUUGGAGUCUCGACGCAGCUGAAACAUCACUUGCACUGGCAGCUGCUUCGGCUAAACCAGCGAUCUGUACUUUCAAUGGACCAAUCACUACCAUUGAUCAAUUGCUAUGUAAAGGAAUCGAUAUAGUUGAGCAGAGAGUACCAGCAGUACAUAUUCCUCCUCAACAUAUGUAUUGGUAUACUCGAGACUAUGUGUCAAAUAAAAUUUUGAGGCCAGUUCUGCUGCGUGCUGGUACUGUGAAGCAAAUUGGUAGUCACGCUGCCAGUAUUGCAGUCGACACAUUGGACAGUGCUCUAACUAUGGCAGAUCAAUACGUUGAUCAUUAUUUACCUGAUGAUACAGCUGAUAAAACAGUUGAUGAGGUUGAUUCAAAGAAAGCUGUUAGCAAAACGACUCGUACUAUUCAACACGGUGCAAGAUUUUCAAGAAAAUUACAAAGAAGAUUAACACGUCGUACGUUGGCUGAGGCACGAGCUCUCAAAGAACAAGGCACCGAAUGCAUUCACGUGUUUCUUUACGUAAUUGAAUUGAUCGCAAAGGAUCCUAAAUUAGCGUUGCAAAAAGCUAAAGAGUUAUGGGCUUCAUUGAGCCUACCCGAACCCGAGAAUCAAGCACGUCCCACAAAUUUGGAACAAUUUUUCGUCUUAUUAACAAGAGAAUCAGCAAGACGCAUAGUUCAUCUCGUUAAUGGUGCAGCAUCCUUAGCUGCAAGAACGCCACGGAGGAUUGGCAAACUCCUUAUCAGGAUUUCCCGACGUUUACUGACGUUAACGGAUGCCACUUUGAAGGCGGCAUCGAUUAUCGGGACAGAAGAGACGACGCAGACGCAACAGAUGUCCAUGAUACUUCGUUCGGUGGUACGGAAGCUUGGAACAAACACCAAUAGGUUACUGGUGCGAACUGCUAGCCGCACUACUUGCAUAUCCUCCGAGCAUGAAGGAUGCAACGACUGCAACAACGACGGUGUCAAAAAAAACGACGGGAACAGGAACAAGGACAGGAACAGAAAAUCCAACAACAUCCACAGGAACGACAAUGACGAAUACAUCGUCAAAGUCGAAUCGAGUACAAGAUCCUCAACGGAACCACAGCAACCACACGUCGAUGACUUCCGAUGCACCGGUAAACGGCAUCGAGUAACCAAGCAGAACCCGGAAACUGUCUCGAGCGGGUUUCUUCCCCCCUCGGGGAACGAAAAGCUUCUCGAUUACCAUCCAAGGUCAACGGCACAUAGAAAUAUUAUUUCUACUACUACUUCUUCUACACCAUCAUCAUCAUCAUCGUCAUCAUCAUCAUUGUCAUGUUCUUCUACUUCUUCGCGUAAACGUGUAACCAACAAACAAACUUAUAGUAAACUGAAAGACUCUCAUUGGUUGGUACACUGGGCUCUAACCACGGCCGAGAAUUCUUUCGAGAGUGCAACCAGGCAAGCUGUACCCAUAGCCGCCCCCCUAGCUAAGAAAUUCGAGAUUCCUAUACAUUUUGUCGACCACACGCUCUGCUUCGGUCUCGACAAAAUCGAAGAAAGAGUCCCAUUGGUGAAGGAGAAACCCGAGCAGAUUUUAGCUAAUGCCUACGAUUUAGCCGUAAAAAAAGUUCAACCGGCAGUUUCAACGAUCUAUUACGUAAACGACGCUUUAUUAGAGCAAGCUACGAAUCUGAGAGAUAUCAGCUGGAAUAAAGCUAAUCAACUUUUAGAUACUCAUUAUGGUAUUGAAGCUGUUAAGAGAUUAGACAGUACCGCUGUAAUCGUGGACAAAUUGAUAGACAUAUAUUUUCCUGCAAUUGGAAAUGAAGAUGAAACUAAAGAGAAAAAAUCCAAAAUGGCGGAAACUAAACAAGAAAACAGUUCAGGUCCACAAUUGGAGGUAUUAAAUCGAAUGAAAAAAAUUCCCAUGGUUCACUCAGCUAUAGAGAAAACAGAAUCGACGUAUUCUUACCUAAAAGAUUCGAAUCAAUUUGUAAACUGGGCUAUGAAAUACGUAGAAGCUGGAUUUAAUUAUGCUACUGCAACAGCGGUACCGAUCGCAGCGCCAUUGGCAAAAAAAUUUGAAGGACAAAUAAAUGCUGUUGAUCAGAAACUAUGCGAAGGACUCGAUAUCGUUGAAAAAAAAGUUCCAAUGGUCAAGCAACCGCCGCAAGAGAUUUAUGACGCUGCUAAAGCUGUAAUGAGCAGUCCUAUUCAGCCUACGAUAGAAAAACUUCAUUCUUUAAAGACAUCGGCAACUGUACAUGCUUCAGCGUUAAAAGAAAUAAGUAUAACAAAAACUAACGAAUUACUGAAUACUCAAUUUGGUACCAUGGCUGUCCAAGGUGUAGAUAACACCAGCGUUCUUAUCGAUCGUUUAUUGGAUCAUUAUUUCCCAGCUGUCGGUGGAGAAGAAUCUACACCGAAUCCAGUUUCUGCUGAGGAGAACAAAAUCUUACACAUCGUACAAAAAGUCGGACAUUUGUCUACGAAAACAGCCAAUCGCGUUUAUCAUUCUGUUGUAGCACAAUUGAAAACUAUUACAGAGGAAGACGUAAAAAAUUAUACCUCCAGCGUUUUGUCAAUUCUUCACUUAACACAAUUCCUAUCUUCUGCACAAGAGCAAACGGAAGAAAAAACGAGUUCAACGCCUACACAAGAGAAAAAAUAACGCUCUCUCUGUUAACACGACUAUAACUUUUACUAUUUAGCAAUAAGAUAUAAAAUUGAAUAUGUUUUAGAA